AUGUCGUUGAACCAAGUCUGGGAGGCAGCCUCCGCAUCCCCUUUCCAACCUCUCAUCUCUAAGGAUAGCCAAUUCCCAAUCGGCUUUACUCUCCUUCUCGCUGCAGGUCGAUCUUUCUUGAGUCUGGCUUCGCUAGGUGUCCCAGCAUCACUUUUAUUCGGUUUCGGAUCUGUGCUCAUGAUCUGCGCUGUCGGAGUUUACGUUUAA